UGUCCCUGUUCCUUCCAGUGGAGGCCAUAGUGGAGUUUGACUACCAGGCCCAGCACGACGAUGAGCUGACGAUCAGCGUGGGUGAGAUCAUCACCAACAUCAGGAAGGAGGAUGGAGGCUGGUGGGAGGGACAGAUCAACGGCAGAAGAGGUUUGUUCCCUGACAACUUUGUAAGAGAAAUAAAGAAAGAGAUGAAGAAAGACCCUCUCUCCGGCAAAGCUCCAGAAAAGCCCAUGCACGAAGUGUCCAGUGGAAGUGCUUUGCUGUCUUCUGAAACAAUUCUAAGAACCAAUAAGAGAGGCGAGCGACGGAGGCGCCGCUGCCAGGUGGCAUUCAGCUACCUGCCCCAGAAUGACGACGAGCUUGAGCUGAAAGUGGGCGACAUCAUAGAGGUAGUAGGAGAGGUGGAAGAAGGAUGGUGGGAAGGUGUUCUCAAUGGAAAGACCGGAAUGUUUCCUUCCAACUUCAUCAAGGAGCUGUCGGGGGAGUCGGAUGACCUGGGCAUUUCCCAGGAUGAGCAGCUCUCCAAGUCAAGGCCUGAAGCUCUCCUCCCUCCAGCUUCUCUGCUGCCCUUCCCAGCUCACGGAGCAAAAGGAAAGACUACCUUUGAAGGGACAAUUCUAUACCGAGCUGCACCGGGAAAGACGGAGGGCCACAGACGCUAUUACAGUUUAAGGGAAACCACUGGCUCCGAGAGUGACGGGGGUGACUCGAGCAGUACCAAAUCCGAAGGUGCCAACGGGACAGUCGCAACCGCAGCAAUCCAGCCGAAGAAAGUUAAGGGAGUGGGCUUUGGAGAUAUAUUCAAAGACAAACCAAUAAAACUAAGACCAAGGUCGAUUGAAGUAGAGAAUGACUUUCUACCGGUGGAGAAGACUAUUGGAAAGAAGUUACCUCCAACUACGUCAACUCCAGACUCGUCGAAACCAGAAAUGGACGGCAGGACAAAGACCAAGGAUUACUGCAAAGUAAUAUUUCCAUAUGAGGCACAGAAUGACGAUGAAUUGACAAUCAAAGAAGGAGAUAUAGUCACUCUCAUCAAUAAGGACUGCAUCGACGUGGGCUGGUGGGAAGGAGAGCUCAACGGCAGACGAGGAGUGUUCCCCGAUAACUUCGUCAAGUUACUUCCGCCUGACUUCGAAAAGGAGGGGAACAGACCCAAGAAGCCACCUCCUCCGUCCGCUCCUGUCAUCAAGCAAGGGGCAGAAAGACCAGAGAGAGAGCCAAAACUGGAUUUACAGAAGCCAUCCGUUCCUGCCAUACCGCCAAAAAAGCCCCGGCCACCCAAGGCCAACUCUCUCAGCAGACCGGGUGCGCUGCCCCCCAGGAGGCCUGAACGCCCAGUGGGCCCCCUGACCCACACCAGGGGUGACGGUCCAAAGAUUGACUUGGUGGGCAGCUCGAUAUCCGGCAUCCUGGACAAGGAUCUCUCGGACCGCAGCAAUGACAUCGACCUAGAAGGUUUUGACUCCGUGGUAUCAUCUACUGAGAAACUCAGUCACCCAACCACAAGCAGACCAAAAGCCACAGGGAGGCGGCCUCCAUCUCAGUCCCUCACGUCCUCUUCCCUUUCAAGCCCUGAUAUCUUUGACUCCCCAAGUCCCGAAGAAGAUAAAGAGGAACACGUUUCGCUUGCACACAGAGGAGUGGAAGCAUCAAAGAAAACUUCAAAGACUGUUACCAUAUCCCAAGUGUCCGACAACAAAGCAUCCCUGCCGCCUAAGCCGGGGACCAUGGCUGCCGGUGGUGGUGGUGGGCCUGCCCCUCUGUCCUCGGCAACAUCCUCCCCCCUGUCGUCCUCUUUGGGAACAGCCGGACACAGAGCCAACUCCCCAUCUCUGUUUGGCUCAGAAGGAAAACCAAAGAUGGAGCCCACAGCCAGCAGCCAGGCGGCCGUGGAGGAGCUGAGGACACAGGUCCGAGAGCUGAGGAGCAUCAUUGAGACUAUGAAAGACCAGCAGAAACGGGAGAUUAAGCAGUUACUGUCAGAGUUGGAUGAAGAGAAGAAAAUCCGGCUUCGGUUGCAGAUGGAAGUUAAUGACAUAAAGAAAGCUCUUCAAUCAAAAUGAAUACUUGAUAAAUGAAAUGUCACAUUAUUCAUCCUGAGUCCAAGACUCAAAUUUUCCGCCCCAGCCAAAAUAACCUUGUGCCAAAAGAUUAAAGGUUUGCCUCAACACGCCCCUGUUUGAAAGAUUAGCACAAAAGUCUCGAUAGCACAACACAGAUUCCAUCCAAAGGAGACUUCCCCCGGUGUGACCCUGGGCGUGGCACUGGUUGUGACUUAGAGCGAAUUGUGCUAAAGGCUUUUUUUACUAUGAGAUCUCAUGCGAAACGAAAACUCAGGCAGUUUAGUCCAUAGUGGUACUAUUUUGAUGAUAUUUUCCAUUAAUAAAAUGUAAUUUCAGAUGGUUCGUUUACAAGCUUUAUAAUUUUAUGAUUUUUUUAACCGUGUUUUGUCACAGACUCCCCCCAGUGUUUGUAUUACACGCAGUCCAGAGUGAGCGGCCUGUUCUUCUGCUUCAGGCAGAGAGCUGCGUCGCUUUGUGCCCCCUCUAGGAUUCUAUCACAUAUGCAGUUUUAGGUCCGACCGGUCCCUUCCCCUGCCGGCCAACCCCGCCACCCCGAGAUGAAUUUUAGCUUAUAUACGAUGGUAUAUUUACAAAAAGAGAAAGAGAAAACCUGGUAUUUGCAAUGACCUGUGCCUUCUUUCUACCACCCUCUUGAUUGGAGCUUUUGUGACGCAGCUACCGUGAUUGAAAAAACAAACAAACAAAAAACCCGAAAAAACAAAAAAAGACAAAAAACAAAAAACAGGAAAAAAAAAACCCACAUUUUUUUAAAGCCACUUCUCAAAGUGCACUAGAGGCCACUGUCUUCAAAGCUUCCCUCACCUCACCAAAGGUCCCAAGAGGAGACAGCUGUGAAGCUGGGCGUGCUCUGUGGCGCCAGCUGUAACGUUCAAGUUCUCCUAGUUGUAGGUUGUUCAUGGAACUAGAAUUGUCACCCCUGCUUGAUUUUUCAUCACCCAAGUUAAACCCCUGCUUCCUGUCCUUUGCACCUUUUGCGUGAACAGAAUAUGCAUUAUGAAAGCAAAAAUAAAUAAACGUAAAAUGUAAUGAAAACAAGGGGGGGAAGUUGUGUUAUUUCCUGCACUGGGUUAUCCGUGUGUGCGUUGUUGAAACUGUACUCAUAUGAUGUCAUUUGCCUUGUUCUCUUGUAACCCCUUCCUCAGGUCCAAGAGAAUGAGGGGAGGGGGCGCGCUCUUGUUCAAGUGUAGCCGUUGGAUCUUUCUUGCAUUUAUGGAAUUGCUUUUUCCGUCCCCAGAAAACUGGGGUUUGCUUGUCCGCUUUAUCUCUGUAGCAAAUGAACAGCUCAGCCUUAGACUAUGUAACUGUUUCCUCAUUCUUAGCUGAAAAUAAGGGGGCGUACUGUAUUGCAAGAUUGUUUGGGGAUGGGGGUGGGGGGUGUUCCCUUAAGGGCCCCUGAAGAUGUUUUAUGUGUUUCUAAAAAGCUGCUUUAUCUAUUUCCUGAGUUUUGGAGUGAAAGUGCUAAAUAUUAAUGGAUUUGCACAACCAUAAAGAAUGAGAAUUGGUAACAUGGAAGGAGUAAUGCAAAAAAAAAAAAUCACCCCACGUUGUUGAUUAUCAAAAGUACUACAAAUAAACGUCUUUUUCAUCGUCUCUCCCUUCCCCACCUUCCUCUUGCCUACAUACUCAUCCCUGCUGCUUGAGGCUGCUACUUCCUCCAGGGUCCGGUACGUACAGAGCCCAGACACCCCAGCCUUGCAGGCAGGGGGCACAAGCAAGGGCAGGGAGUACAUAGAUAGAGAAAGAAACCUCCCAUCCUCCAUUCCCGUGCCCGGACAUAUUGCCUCUUCAGCAGCCUUGUGCGCAGUGUGCUGGCGGCUGGGGGCUGGGAGCAUCUGCCUUCCACGAGCAGCAGCGUAACACGUUCCUGAACCCCUCGACUCUUCUCAGCGUUUCUACAUUAAACUUAAUGCCUCGAGAGAUUUCCCGCCACCUGAUAGAAGAAUGAGGAUUGAAUUCUUUGAGGUUUGGAUUUCUCAUUUACUCAUGAUGAAAAUCCCUAACAAUAUAGUUUUAUAUGAUGUGUAUACAGAGUAGGAUUGUUAAUAAUUAAAUUGAGAGGUUGGAGCGCCCUUGUGGGGCACUGGCAACCCGGAAUGUAGAGAGCUGUCAUCUUCCCCUCGGAGAAGCCCCUGGCUUUCUUUGUACCAGGAGAGGGAGAAGUCGUUCAGGAAGGAGGAGUUGGCACGUUCAGCUUCAUUCCUGCCCCUUGGGCGAGCCAGCAAGACGAUUCUACGUUUUGGAAUGGACAAGCCACUGCCUGAACAGCCACCAUCUUUUCUUUUACAAAAUGGACCCGUCAAGAAUAUUGAAAAGCUUGGAAGGAUCAUUUUUGAAGAAAUUCUUUUGCAUUUAGCAUGGACUCGACCAGCAUCUAUGGAGAUUAUUUUUUUGCUUCAUUUUCUAAAAUUGUAUUUAGAAAAGUCUUAAGUAUUGUGCUUUGUAAAGAAGAUGAUUAAAAUGAAAUUUUGUGAAAAUA